AUGUUCCAAGCUAUGCUUACUCAUUCGAAGACUCUGGCCUCUCCAUUAAAACUUCAGCUUCGAAACGGCAUCAUCGCUGGAUCAAGUCUUGCCGAAACUCUGAUACGUAUGACGGAGCUUUCCUUUAUCAGCUUUUUGACCGACCCCUCUAAGGUUUCCUUGUUAUAUGAUCGGUCAUCUGUCGGCACUCCUCUAUUCCACACCUCCGCCAAAGUCGUGGACAGUGACUUGAAAAUAGUUCCAGCAGGGACCCGGGGAGAGCUUCUCGUAUCUGGAUAUCUCUUGUUCAGCGGAUAUUACAAAAAUCAACCGGAAACAGAUAAAGCGAUUUUCAGGGAUGCCAAGGGGCAGCCAUGGCUCAGGACUGGUGAUAUUGUAACCUUAAGCAAAUCCGGCGCUUGUAUGGUUGUGGGAAGAGUGAAAGAUUUGAUCAAGAAGGGAGGCGAAAGUAUUGCCCCAACAGACAUUGAAAAGAUUCUCGAGCAGCAUCCAGGCAUUGCUGCAACCGCUAUCACUGGAGUUCCAGAUGCUCGCUGGGGCGAGACCAUCGCCGCGUAUAUUCAGCGAGGGGAGGAAAUCGAGAUGAACUUAAAAACCAAGGACAUCAAAAUUUGGCUGAGGAACCGAGUGACCAGCCAUAAAAUUCCUGAUCAUGUUUUCUGA